AUGGCAGAUUUAGACGCAUUUUUCAAAGAUAUAAGAGAGGAAAUAGCCAAGGACGUCAACAAGAAAACUUUGUUGCAAGAGUUGGAGAAUCAAUUUGACUUAUCACUCAUCCCAUAUCAAACCACAAUCAAUUCUUGGACAUCUAUUAGUCCAAAUCAAUUGAACGGAGUAUUCCAAACCACAAAUAGUUUUGAGGAGUCGAUUCGUGGAAACGUUGAGAAAUUCACGCUUUCAUUGUCACAAUUGGAUUGUAAAUUGAGUCAAAAGGAAAGAUUGUCAAACAAAUUCAUCGAGGAUUCCAUCUAUGUAAUUUUGGUCAAUCGGUACUUUUGGAUACUUGCAACCGCGUUUGGCCAUGACACUAUAAAAGUGAAGUUGAUAACCACCGAGAACGAGUCGGGUAUAAUUGCUACACCACAAGAAAUCUUCCAAUCUCUAGGCAUCAAGGAUGUAAAUUACCAAUUGUAUCUACUUGCCCUAUUGAAAAUGAUUGACGUUGUCGUUGAAUACACAACGACUACAGUGAUCAAUCAAUCCAUUGGCUCAACUACGUCCCAAUCGUCAAACUAUUCAAUUGCGCUCAUAAAUCUGAAAAUUGUAGCUAAGAUACAAAACGGGUUUCUGUUGUUGGAUUUGAAAAACGACAUCUUAAGAAAGAGGUAUGAUAGUUUGAAAUAUAACUCUCAAAGGUUGAACAAGAUAGUGUAUGAUUUAUCGCUUCGUAAUUUGGUGACAACAGAAGCCGAGGUAGAAUAA